UCUCUAUACAACUAUCUGUAUGUAUAUAUUAUCAAAAUGUCAAUAAAUGCCCGCGACACCGUACAUUCAACCCCAUCAUCACCAUUCAUUGCCUUCACUGUAUAAACCACCAUUUAAAACCCCUGAUCAAUUUUCGUGCGAUUCACCUACUUUCCCCAAAUUUAAUUCAACACCCAUCUCCCACCUGAUCUAGCUCAACACCCACUUCAAAUACUUAUAUAAUUCAACAAUUUCUUGCUGUUUUUUUAAGUAAAAUGGAGAGCAAAUGGAGGAAAGUAAAGAUGGCUUUGGGCUCUAAUUUCUGUCUUUAUGUUCCUACGGCUGAUACCGACGUCUCACCACCGCCACCAGACGCCGCCUUGUUGCCUCCGGCGACUCCUCGUCGGCCGUGGUCUCCGGUCUUACGGUUGUCUAGAAGUUUGAGCCGGUCUUCUAGUUCUAAGAAAUGCACAAUAUGUUUAGCAUCAAUGAAACGUGGUGAAGGUGAAGCCAUUUUCACAUCAGAAUGUGCACAUUCAUUCCAUUUCCAAUGCAUUGUUUCACAUGUCAAACAUGGAAACCGAACAUGUCCAAUUUGUAGAGCCAAAUGGAAGGAGAUUCCACAACAAGGUUUAGCUCCACCCAUGACAGUAAUCCGCCGGCCCCUGCCACGACAGACCUCCAACCGCCACGUCUCCGCCAACGAGCCAGCCGUCUUCAACGAUGAUGAAGCAUUGGAUGUACAAACUUCAACCAGGAAUGAUAAUACAUUGGACGGGUCAUAUUCGACAAGGCUGUUGUUGAAAACAUACAACGAGGUUGCGGCUGUGCCAAGGCGCAGUACCGCCGACGAUUUCACGGUUUUGAUCCACCUGAAAGCUCCGGUUUCGACUUCUGCCCGGGCCCCGGUGGAUCUUGUGACCGUUCUUGAUAUCAGUGGUAGUAUGGCUGGUACAAAGAUGGCAUUGCUUAAACGGGCCAUGGGUUUUGUGAUACAGAAUCUUGGCCCGGCCGAUCGGUUGGCGGUUAUCGUGUUUUCAUCCGCUGCCCGCCGCCUGUUCCCGCUCCGGAGAAUGACCGAUGCAGGGAAGCAGCAUGCGGUCCAGGCUGUCAAUUCGUUGAUGGCGAAUGGGGGCACGAAUAUAGCCGAGGGGCUGAGGAAGGGGAGUAAAGUCAUGAAAGACCGCCGGGAGAAGAACCCGGUGACGAGUAUAAUUCUGUUAUCGGAUGGGCAGGAUACGUAUACCACGAGUGGCAGUUGGGAUUCGAGUUCGGGUGGUGACCGUAACGGAUCAAACCACCGGUUAUUUGUUCCACAAGGUAUCGAUGUUCCGGUACAUGCUUUCGGGUUUGGGGCUGACCAUGAUGCUACAUUAAUGCACUCGAUUUCCGAGACAUCCGGUGGGACCUUUUCGUUCAUCGAGACCGAAAGCGUAAUCCAAGAUGCAUUCGCUCAGUGCAUCGGUGGACUCUUGAGUGUAGUGGUUAAAGGUUUGCAAGUGACAAUCGAGAGUGCGAGCCCGAGCAUCCAGGUUCAAUCUCUAAAGACCGGAAGCUACAGGGGUCAUUUGACACCCGAUAGGAAAUCGGGGCGUAUAGAUGUUGGGGAUUUGUAUGCCGAUGAAGAGCGGGAUUUUCUCGUCUCGGUCAAUGUUCCAAAGGAGACCGAGUUGACUUUUGGCGACGAGACCUUGUUAUUGAAGGUACAUUGUUCAUAUACCGAUCCGAUGACAGAAGAGACGAUGAAGUUAGCGAGUGAAAAUGUCACAAUCAAAAGACCCGAAAAAGUGGGUAAAGAAAAUGUUGUUUCGGUUGAAGUCGACAGACAAAAAAGCCGGUUACAAUCAGCGGAAGCCAUGGUACAAGCGAGAACCGCAGCCGAAGCAGGUGAUCUGACACGAGCAGUUAGUAUACUCGAGAACUUCCGGAAGGUUCUCUCAGGAACCGUAGCGGCUAGAUCUGGCGAUCGUCUCUGUAUUGCACUAGAUGCCGAGCUCAAGGAAAUGCAAGAGAGAAUGACUAGUAGGCAUUCGUAUGAGCAUUCGGGAAGAGCUUAUAUGUUAUCCGGUAUAAGCUCGCACACAUGGCAAAGAGCCACGGCUCGUGGGGACUCGACUGACGGGUCUAGCUUGGUUCAAGCUUAUCAAACUCCAUCGAUGACCGAGAUGCUAACUCGGUCCCACGCUAAUUCGCUUCAACCCACUCGGACAUCACAAGCACAACCAAGAACAAAGUGAAGAUUGUCGAGUUUUGCAUUCUGAUUCAUGAUUUUUGAUGUCGAAAUACAUGUAAAGAAAUAAAGUUGCAGGAGUUACGUUAAUAUGUUUUUUUUUGGGGGGAUAUUAUAAUACAUGAAUAUUUUUAAAA